CACCUACCUACAUGUAUCCAGCAUGGCUGCAAGAAAUGCAGACACAUGGAGGAGGAAAGCCAGUGAGCUGGGCAAGCUGCUGAAGGAUGGAGGAGAGGAAGAGAAGAGAAUGUCAGAAGCUCUGGGCUACCUCAGCUCCCUCAUGUAUCCAUUGGAAGGCCUCACCACAGAGGUGAUAGAGGUUCUGCUGAGGCAGUUUGCAGAGGGAAGGUGUGCUGAACUGAGUAGUGAGUGCACUGUCAUGCUGGGACGACUCGUAUCAAACCUCAUCACCUAUCAGAAGGCGUCCCUCUCGUCUUCGACCCAAGAGGGUCUUCUUUCUGUGUUCCUGUCACGACUCACCUCAGUGAGACCCCCCACAGAGCUGCUCUACGCCUGUGCUGCACUCGCUCAGGCCGGUACCACACACUGUCAAUCACAGGAUGUUAAAACGCUCCUUGAAUCGUCAGGGACUGUGGUUAACAUGGCAACAACGGGUUCCGUCGAUGUGCAGAGGGCAGCCCUGAACUACAUUAGCACCUUGUGUCAGGACAAGGAUUUCAAGGGUGUCUCUACUCCCCAACUGUUGGAGCUCCUCCUCUCAGCAUUUCUCUCCCCUACAAAAGAGACUGACACACUGCUGCAGAUAAAGUUGGUUUUCUCCCAACUCAAGUGUCUCCAGGCACUCCUCUCUCGCUCCCCCGUCCUCCAGUCCUCUCCCCACCUCACUAAUCUCCUAGCCGUCCUCAGGGCAGCCAUGACACUCGGUCUCCCCGGACAACCACACACUCUUCAGGCGGCCCUCCCGUUGGCGCUACCUGUCGUUCAAUCCCCUAAAAUUGUCACACCACCACCACCCUCCCCAAAACAGAGGCCACAAAUAAUCGCUGGACCUCAGCCGAGGAGGAGGCAAAAACGAGCCAAAGAUCAGAAACAUACGAAUAAAAUUGGACGUAGUCAUGAGUCUAGUGAUGGAGAAGCCUCGUUGGGUGAUCACGUGAAACUCCGCCCUUCUGUUAGUUUUGGUGGCCGUGGCUGUUCGUGGUCCAGUUCCGAGAGUGACGUAUCGGACAGUGAGCCAGCUCCUAGUCAGAUCAAGGUAGUGCACGGCAAGAUUCGACACCUGGCCUUCUCGUGUCUCACUGCUGUCUUCAAGAGUUUGGACACUCACACUAAGUUCUCGUUUGGGCUGACGUUCCUCCCUGAUGGACCACGCCCCCCAAACUCACCCCCCUCUCUAAUGACAUGCGUCCUCAAAGACCCACUGCCUAAGUGUCGAGGUGGAGCUCUGUCAGUUUUGUUUACAUUGCUGGAGGGGUCAAAGGUCUACCUCGCUCCAGCAGAUGACAGGUCUAUUUUGACAGAGAGGAGGGGUGGCGCUGUACCGUUUGCUUGGAAGGAGGGACUGGCUGCUUAUAAUUAUUUUGUCCAGGCUGGGCAAUUGCGCAAGACUUUGAGUGUGGACAGGGCCCUGGUGUGGACAAGCUAUUUUUUCCUGGUUGUCUUGUCAAUAUAGUGUUGCUAUGUGCAUGGUAGUCAUGCAAGCUUAUAUAGGCUGGAUGCAUAUUAUAGCAGCCAAUCAGCCAACCUGAUGGGACAUAUAUCAGUCGGGGUUUAUGAUAGUAAACCUGAACAUAUUAUACUUAUAAUUAUAUAUAAUUAUAUAUUAUUAAUUAUACUUAAUUAACUAUUGAUUUAUAAGCGUUUAUGAUGAGGUUCUCUGCAGUUUUAUUAACGUUUUCAGCUGUGGCCGUUAUUCAAAAACAAUUAAUACGUUGUCAUUGACAGUGGACAAUUCUACAGGUAAUUGCACGCUGUCAAUGACGACGUGCAAUUACUGGACCGGAUUUGAUACGGGAUUAAUUGCUGUACAAACUCCGGUUACAAAUAUCACAUCAUACGAUUAUCAUAUAAGUAUAAUUAUAAUCAUGCAUUUACAUGUCUUUGUGUGUUCCGCUAACAGCAGUUAAUGUAUAAUCAUGUGGUUGGUAACAACGGUGCAUAUUCGCUUGGGUCACUGAUACGAUGUGGAAGGGUUUCGUUAUCUGUAGACGAUCCUGUCUGGUGUGUAACUCGUCUUCGGUGGCAGCAGCUAUAACCACACCGACUAGUGAGGGAAGAUUUCAUCCAUGAAAUGAACAUUACGAUGUACAGCACUAGUAUAAAUGUAACAAUAAUAAAGACAAAAAACCAUGGGCUAUUCCUAAAUGCCUCGUGGUAAAUGUACCAAGCUGACCCCAUUGCAAACAGUACUAGGAGAAAAGCAUCAAAAUAGUUGUAACGGUCUUUCUUGUAUGGUCGUAGGCCAAGGAUGAUAGCAGGUGUAAUAAUGAAGAUCAUUUGGUACACAAUAAAGUGGUACGUCUGUGCACCAAAGGCUAUGAAUAUUAUUCUCAGCAGUAGGUAGACUCCAGCAAACCAUCGACAGUCCCUAGUACCAGGUGUUGUGCCGUUCUUGAAAUAGCCCUGUGUGAUGUUUGCUAGCUCGUGAAUUAGAACACAUUUGAUUUUGCAGGAAAAGAGACAUCUCUGAAAGAAACGGUUCUGGUAAAAUAGCAGAAACACUGCCGGUAAGAGUACCAUGGUAACAGUGAUGAUUGAUGAGAGUAUAGCAAGUGGAACGUAGGUGCCUACGUUGAAAUCAGCUGCAUAGUAGAGAGUGUAUGUUACAUUUUCGUAUUUAUCAUAUAAAGAUACUGGCUUUAAGAGGCUUAAAGAAAUCGAGCAAAACCUGCUGUAGGAUAGUAAAAAAAAGCUUGCAAAUGCAUUCACUACAGAACCUUUUAGUUCCCAGCGUCUCCGAAACCUUGCUAAGCACUUUUGAAAUGGCCUCCAGCAAAGUACAAUUAUCUUGCAUCCUCUGUCGUGGAGUGAAAUGAACAAGUAGACAGCCAAAGUGAAAGUGAUUGGAUAUAGAGCUGCUAGGUACUCCAAUGCUACGACUGUAAGUGUGCUCAUGUGUUCACUGAUGCAAAAUGAAGGAAUUAGAAACAUAAAGAAGUCCAAAUUGAAUAGCCCCACAAAAUCAGCGGCAAAUUUAUAACUGGAAUAAGAGUGGGUAUAUCCAUUUAUAUCAAAUGGGUCAUUUCUAAACAAUAUCGUGUUUAGCAAUUGAGCAAUCAAAACAAAACUGUACAGAACUGGGGAGGCAAAAUUUAUCCUGAACACAAUGACAAUAACACAAAUCAAAGUCAAUGGUACUGUAAGCCUGACAAAGAAGAGUAACCAUCCUAAAGGCUGUGGCAUGCAUUCCUUACACUGUUUGUAGUAAGAGAAGACGGUUGGUCCCAGCCCUGGUUGGCAGUGACUACAGAGCAGUCCUGUGCGAUUGAGAGGACCACACAUCUCCUCGUCUAACUUUGAUACAUCAGAGGGUACGUCCAUGAAUUUUGAUAGUCGACUUUUUGUGUUGUAUGGGCACGGACCAAAAUGUUCUGUAUCAUUGUUGUAGGUUAUGCAGAAACCGUCUAAUAUUUCUAUCUUUUUUGUCACAUUCGAGCACUGCAAUAUAGUAUUGAUCUGUUGUCCGCACUCACACUUGUUUGUUUGGCGUAUAAACCAUGUUGGGCAUGCUUGACUGGACACUAGAACUACCUGUAGUACGAUCACAAUCACUCCAAGUAUCGUCAUCUUCAAAUUCUAAACUAUAGAGGUCUGUAUACUCAUCAACUAUUGUUCUGAGUAGGAAUAUUAUGAACUGAAACGUGUUUGGUAUCUUUUUACAACUUCUGAUACUAAAAACCAACACUAAAAAGUAUCGGUAUGCACGAACUCGGUCUAAGCAUAAACACGGCACUGCAUGUAGCUCUUCUUUAUCCUCAUUUCUCCCGCAUAGCCCUAGUUAUAUUGAUUCUGAAAUUAUGCUUUCACUAUAAACACUGCAUGUACAUGUAUGUUCCUGCAGUGCAUGCAUGUUGUUGAUAUAUUUAUAUUUAAAAAGAAACCCUGCGAGUGUGUUUAUAAUCAAACAUAGUUUAUAAUCAAACAUAGUAAGCUUAUAUCCCGUUGCUAUGUUGUUGCCAAGUGCAAUAUGAAGCAUAUUGCACUGCUGAAAAGUCAUAUUGCACUGCUGAAAAGUCAUAUUGCACUGACCACAAAACGCCCCUCUGGCAUAAUUAAAUUAAAUAUUUUGUCAUGAGAAAUAACAAGUAUCAAAGUAAGUCCAGCCAUGCAGGAAUGUUCAGCACUGCUGGAGUUUCUUCUUUACAACCAUGCAGGUUUUUAAAUCGUCCCAGGCUCAUUUUGUGAAGAUUCUGUGUUCCUAGACCUAGUCCUCCACUUUGAUGCACGGUCAAUUCUGGCUUCACCAUAAUAUAGCACUAGAAGCGGCUCUUUUUGCAGGGGGCUUGAGCUGUUUUGCAGCAGUGUAGAGGCGAACUUCUUUGGCUUGGUUGUGAUGCCGAGGAUAGUGGAGGGGGCUGUUCGAGCAGCAGUUACACUGAGUAGUAUAGUGGGGUGGGGCUGUUUCUUCGCAGCAGUAAAUGGGGUGGGGCUGUUUCUUUCCAGCAGUCUAUAGCGGGGUGGGGCUGUUUUGCAGCACCAGAAGUGGGGUGGGGCUGUUUUGCAGUGGUUUCAGCGUUGGAACUCCAACAAUUUUGUGUCAAGCCAUUCGUCGGUCAUGCCAAUCUUAUACGCUGCAUAUACUGGCGUCUAGGAGGAGAGAGAAGAGAUGGAGCUGUGUCUAGAGUUGUCUUUGUCAUCUUUUUGUGCAGUUUAUAUUGUGUUACUAAGACAGUGUUAUGUUCCUAUGCCCUCGGGAUAUAAACUAGUUAUUACACGUGCACUCGGGAUGCAUGGAAUAUAUUGCACUCAGCCCUCGGGGCUGGCGCCCUCGUGCUUCAGUGCAAUAAUUAUAUUCCAUACAUCCCUUGUGCCUGUGUUAUAACUAUAACUUAUAUACCGUAUAGAGGGUAAUUUUCGUGGGGCAAAAUAUUCGUGGUUUUCGUGGUUGAAGAUCUGACCACGAAAUAUUUUACCCACGAAUGAAGCGACCUUGCUUACCUUUACCUGCAGUGCAAGCUCCAACCACGAAAAUAUUACCCACAAAAUGUCUCAAUAUUGCUGAACCACGAAUAUUUUGUCUCCCGAAAUUACCUGCUAUACAGUAGUCUCUAUGUUAUAGUUAAACAAUGGCCUCGAGUCAUUGCCAGCAAUUGCCAUUGUAUUUUGGACACUAUUGUUCUAGCAUCCUGUCUAAAUAUUUGUUCUAUUUAUAUGAAAAUUCAAAUAUUACUCAAUCAUUUUAACUACUGCGGAAAUAAAUGCUACUAUAGACUAUUGUAGUGCGUGCGCAAGAUCUUCGCUGAACUAGCUACGUUCACUGCACUGGUGCUGUUCCCAUCUUUACUAGCGACCCAAUAGGAAAGGAGUUCCUGUGGUGCCUGAUCUCUCGUAAGUCGGAGUCGAUGUAGUACGGGUACGGGUGGAAGUGGCAGCAAUUUCCCAUCUCAAUUCUUUCUCUGUUCUUUUUUGUAUAGUAAUUUACUGAUUCACAUGACAGUAAUAGCAUGCAAUCAAUGGUAGUAAAGUGUGUCAAAUGAAUAGAGAUAAAAUCUUUAUGGUCACUAAUUAUUAAUCUUCCAGCAGACCUGUUCAUGCAGAUCGACCUGUUAUGGACUCGUCAAAGAGGCAACGACCUGAGAAAGGAUACUAUUCCUACCUCCAUAAUAUAAGCUCGGCUGACAUGGACUUAUCUAGCAUGCGGGAAGCACGAGAUGUGAGAACCACUCUGAGCUGUAAGUCUGAUGACAGUCUGCCAGAAGGGGUCUUCCUUGUUGAGAGGAUAAUUCAUCAUCGACUAACUAAGGGGAAAACGGAGUAUUUGGUAAAGUGGGCUGGUUACUCAUUGGAACAGUCUUCAUGGGUCGCUAAGGAAGAUGUGACUAUCUCUACUAUCCAAUCAUACAAUACACCACAAGCACCACAUACCGAGCUUAUAAGCGACGCAACAAGAAGAUUUGUUCUGUCCAUUCAAUGUAGUUUAAAUUUAGGUACUGUAAAAUCCUGUAAUUUAACUAUAGAUUUCCGGCUAGAUGUAUUUCGUUACCUAUUUAAAGAUCGAGGAACCCAAAUGACCCGCGGAAAGCUCCAACUUCAACAAACUGAUUUUAACGAUGAAUAUUUUAUAGGUAGUUGGUAUAUUUUGUAUGAUAGAUAUGGCAAUGGCUGCACAGUAGAUUUUCCUAUUGUAGUAUGUCCUAGAAUUAAGUAUGGACCGAAAACAUAUAGAAAUAGCAAUGGUGAAAUGUUAGAGUCACCUAGACUACUAUCUGAAAUUGUAUGUGUAAAUCUGGUGAAAAAACGUUGUUGAUCAUUG